AUGGCCACCGAAAAGGAAGCGAGGAUGAGAAUGCUAAAGGAGUUUGACGAAACAAAUGCGGGAGUGAAGGGCCUAGUCGACUUGGGCCUCCAAAAAAUCCCCGAGAUCUUCGUUAGUCCGUUAGACGAGUUCGGUCGGGAGCCUGAACUACGACAGUCAGUCCAGGUCCCGGUGAUCGAUAUUGGAGACAUGGGAAAUCCCGAGAGGCGAAAUUGGAUCGUGGAGCAAGUGAGAAUGGCUUCGGAGGCGUUUGGGUUUUUUCAGGUGGUGAAUCAUGGGAUUCCACGAGCGGUGCUGGACGGUAUGAUUGGUGGGGUCCACGGGUUCAUGGAUCUGGACGUUCAGGAGAAGAGAAAGUACUACACAAGGGAUGUGAGGCGGGCUGUUAGGUACACCAGCAGCUAUGAUCUGUACACCGCGAGGACUGCCAGCUGGCGGGACACGCUCAGUGUUUUAUGUUUGGGGCCUGACCCGAUAGACCCGGACGAGUUGCCGGGUUGCUCCAGGUGUGAAGUAGAAAAUGAUAUUGUUGGUUCGUUGACUAAUAGUGUGAUGUUGGAAAAGAAAAAUUCGAUCCUGCCAGUAAGGCACUACAUUUACCGCCUAGUUGAGUGA